AUGAGACUUCCACCGCCAGAAGUAACAUCGCAAUGGCCGAAGCCGAAUUAUGUCGACCCGGUGCGGAGGGGCCAUGCUCUCACGAUUGUCCAGCUUAUCCCCGUUGUAUUGGGGACUAUCUUUGUCGCCAUGCGUCUGUGUGCGAGGUUGGUCAUUACCCAGGCUCGAAUUGGUUUGGAUGAUGUUCUCAUCAUGUUGGCAUGGGUGUUUUCCGUGGGCCUCACUGGUACUGCGAUACAGAACGGUAAACCCCAACAGGCUAAUGGUAUGAAUAGCAACGACUCUAUUUCUGGCACACUGGAUAGCAUCGGAGACGACUCGCACAUGGUAUUCGAAGGACUCUUCUUCUACAGUCAUGUUUGGAACGAAGGACCACAGCAGCGGGUCUUCCCCCUCCAGCGGCUUGCAGAAAGACAAGCCCACGUCCGUUAA